AUGUCGUUGGUGGACUUGGGGAAGAGGUUACUAGAAGCAGCAAGAAAAGGCGAAGAUGAUGAAGUGAGAACAUUGAUGGCAAACAGUGCCCCGUUUACCACAGACUGGCUUGGAACAUCACCCCUCCACCUUGCAGCCCAGUAUGGUCAUUAUUCCACAGCAGAAGUGCUCCUUCUAGCAGGAGUUAGCAGGGAUGCCCAGACCAAAGUGGACAGGACCCCCUUGCACAUGGCUGCAGCUGAUGGACAUGCACACAUCGUGGAACUCCUUGUUAGGAAUGAUGCAGAUGUGAAUGCCAAAGAUAUGUUGAAGAUGACAGCUUUGCAUUGGGCCACUGAGCACCACCAUCAAGAUGUUGUAGAGCUACUUAUCAAGUAUGGAGCUGAUGUCCAUGCUUUCAGCAAAUUUGAUAAAUCUGCCUUUGACAUAGCCCUGGAGAAGAACAAUGCUGAGAUUCUGGUCAUCCUCCAGGUGUGGUUUUUUUACACUCCCCAGAGUAUACUUCAGUUGAAGUUAAAGUAUUUCUGUAGGAGCUGA